GGAUCAUGCAAUCGGUGAACAUGGAAAUAAAUAAAUUGACGACAGAUCGACGGACGGCCUCAUCAAAUCAAUACUCCUAGCUAGUAAUUAUUAGGCCGGCCGGCCGGAUCGGAUAAUAUGUUCGUUGUGGAGAAGAGUUCGCAAGAGAGGGUUGUGGGGGGGACGGAGCAGAGCUGGUGCAGAGCCGUCUCCGCCGGCACUGGCAUCACAGUCUUGGCCCUUCAGCUGAAGUCCAAUACGGCGGCGGCGGACCCAUCCGUUCUCCGCCCACUCCUCAACACCAUCCUAGACGCCCACCCUGUCCUCAGGUCAAAGCUCCACUACAGCGCCACCAAGAAGGCCUUCUCCUUCACCACACCCCCCACCUCCCAAAUCCAAAUCCAGCCCCUCGACAAAUCAUCCACUCUUCAUCUCCUCCCUUCCCUCUCCGACCCCGACUCCCCCCUCCCCCCUCUCCAGCUAAUCCUCGAGCACGAACUCAGCAACAACCUGCCCUGGGCCAACCCUGCCCUUUUCCCGCCCUCCGGUGUCGACCUCGUCUUUGCCACCGUCUAUGCCCUGCCCGAUGCCAGGCAUGUCGUCGCGCUCCGCUUCCACACGGCCGUGUGUGACCGGACCACGGCGGAGUCGCUGCUGAGUGAGUUGGUGGGGGCAGCAGAGGGGGGCAUACAGAACCAAGGGGAGGGUAGUUUCGGAAUAGAGGACGUCAUGCCGGUGGCGAAGUCAAAGAAGAAGCUGUGGGCUCACGGUUUGGACGUGCUUGGGUAUUCGUUCAACUCUUUUCGGUUGACCAAUAUAAAGUUUAAAGACGUAAAAGCCCCCCGCACUUCUCGUGUUCUUAGGCUGCGGAUCAGCCGAAGUCACACUUCACGAAUACUUGAAGGCUGCAAUUCUGCUGGGAUUAAAUUAUGUGGAGUUUUAACGGCAGCAGGACUGAUAGCAGCCGCUCAUUCAUCUGAUGACAAUCACAAAAACAAGUAUGGGGUGGUGACACUUACGGAUUGUCGUUCUAUUCUGAACUCUCCACUUUCCAGUCACCAUUUUGGUAAGCUAAAUAGUCUGUCCCCCUCUUCAAUCCAUAUUGGUAAGUAUUAAACUCAUGCAUUCUUCUUAUAAUUAGUUCGUUGUUUGUUUUUCUUUUUGAUUUUUUUUGUUCCUCUUGGUUCAUCGUUUCAAGUAUAUUGCACUUACUUUUGUGGUAGAUUGUUUUUUUAAAAGGAAGCGAGAUAAUAAAUUUGGAACGAUCCAAAUUAUAAAUCAGAGAGCUAUUUAGCUAGGAAGAGAGUAAGUAGAAGACAUUCAUGAGUGUAAUCAUUGACCGGCCUCCAUAAUACUUAAACAUAUGUAGAAUGAGGCUAGAUCGAUGAGAUAAUAAUUUAAUGAUGCAGGAUUCUAUCACUCUGCAGUACUAAAUGUACACAAGGUUAAUGGUGGAGAAAAACUAUGGGACUUGGCAAAGACAAGCUACACUGAAUUCGCCAACUCCAAAAAAUGCAACAAACACUUCUCUGACAUGGCAGAUCUUAACUUCCUGAUGUGUAAGGCCCUAGAAAAUCCGAGCCUGACAUCUUCGUCAGCAUUGAGGAGCUCUAUGAUUACUGUGUUCGAGGAGCCAGUGGUUGUUCAUGACACCCUGCUGCACCGUCAGAGCAUGGGAAUGGAGGACUUCGUGGGGUGCUCGUCCGUUCAUGGCGUGGGACCAUCAAUCGCUUUUUUUGAUACCAUAAUAGAAGGACAACUCGAUUGUGUCUGUGUUUAUCCCUCACCUUUGCAUUCCAGGGAACAAAUGCAAGAGAUCCUUGAUCACAUCAAGAGGCUUCUCAUUGAAGCGGCCUACUCAUCAUUAUCAACAAUUUCUUAAUUAAUCAUAUCAUGUGUGACUGCAUGCCGAUAUAAACAGAGGGCUAUUUUGUCAAUUUCUUGAGAGAGAGAGAGAGAAAUAAGAACUCAUUAUAACCAUUUGAUUCAUAAACCUCUUAAGAAGACGAUAUAUGUAUAAGUAGGACUCUUUUAUCAAUUUCUUGUAGUUGCGUUUUGUUAAACAAUAAACUUUCAGAACGAUUGUCAUUAAUUACGUUCCAUUAUUUGAUUUC